AUGGCUGACGCUGAACCACCUUCGCCGCCAAAGGACGCGGCAUCCCCGCCAGCGGCAGCGCCGACGACGGGAUCCCCAACUGAUUUCCUGAAGGGUGUCGUCGGGAAACGUGUCAUCGUGCGCCUCAUCUCCGGCGUCGACUACCGUGGCGUCUUGAGCUGCCUCGAUGGAUACAUGAACAUUGCGCUCGAGCAGACGGAAGAGCACGUUGGGGGACGCGUCGUGAACCGCUACGGCGACGCGUUUAUUCGGGGGAACAAUGUGUUGUACAUCUCUGCUGCAGAGCCGAUCUAG